AUGCAUCUCUGGAAGCACAGCUUUCGCGGCAAGGCCUUGCAGGUCGCCAUGACCAUGGCGUCCUGUCAGGCCUUUCUUUUGCUCGGAUUCGAUCAGGGGGUAAUGUCUGGGAUUGUAGGAGCGGACAACCGGUUUGGACGCGAUUUUAACAAUCCGGAUACUGCGAUGCAGGGAAAUAUCACGGCGCUGUACGAUAUUGGCUGCGUGGUCGGGUCGAUUGCCUGUUAUUUCAUCGGUGAACGAUACGGUCGACGAGCGAUGUUGAUGACCGGUGGAAGCAUUAUGAUUAUCGGGACGGCUAUUCUGGCUUCGUCGUUUACCGUUGCGCAGUUAAUUGUUGGACGGAUCAUCACAGGUAUUGGAAACGGGAUGAACUCGUCCACAGCGCCAGUAUAUCAGAGUGAAUGUGCACCGGCAUCGACUCGAGGUGCAGUGUUGACCCUGCAGGGCACGGUUACCAUCCUGGGCGUGGUUAUUGCAUAUUGGAUGGACUACGGCACCAGUUUCACCGAAUCCUCCUUCCAAUGGCGCUUCCCCCUUGCCUUCCAAGCCGUGUUCGCCGUCUGCCUCAUCCUCCAGAUCAUUGGACUUCCAGAAACACCCCGCUGGCUGGUCCAGCACGACCGUCACGAAGAAGCACGUCAAGUCCUCGCCGCGAUUGAAGGUAAGCCCUUGGACGAUGCAGAAAUCAGCAAGUCAGUCCUGGACAUCCAGACUGCACUGGAAGAGGAAAGAAAAGACGGACCGUUCCGUUUUCUGGAACUGUUUUCGUGGGGCGAAACACAAAAUCUGCGUCGCAUGCUCAUCACUAUUACCAUUGAGCUGGGACAGCAGUUCACCGGCUCCAACAUGAUUAACUACUAUGCGCCCGUCAUGUUCCAGACUACUAUGGGGCUCAGCAGGAAUCUUUCGAUGAUAUUGGGAGGAUGCGUCCAGUGCACAUAUCUCGUGGGAUCAUUCAUCCCGGUGUUUUUGAUGGAUCGCUUCGGUCGACGCACACUUUUGAUCAUCUGUUCAGCUGGCCUUUGUCUAUGUUUUGUGAUGGUAUCGAUUCUCCUCUCCCUGGGACAAAUGAACGCUGCCUAUGGAGCCACGGCCUUCAUUUUCCUUUUCCAGGUGUUCUAUGGUGCGGGAUGGCUCCCGGUGCCAUGGUUCUACCCAGCUGAAAUUAACACCACACGAGUGCGAACCAGAAUGCAGGCCAUCGCUUCUGGCUGGAACUGGAUGGCGGUAUUUGCCGUGGUUAAGAUCACCCCGAUUGCUUUCGCUAACAUCGGAUGGCGGACGUUUGUUAUCUUUGCCGUCCUCAACGCCGCCUUCAUUCCGAUGGUCUACUUUUUCUAUCCCGAAACAAAGGGUCUUGAACUCGAGGACAUCCCGCUCCUUUUUGUCAAAGGGGGCUUCACAGGUGGCGUGUUCAGUUCGAAAGGAGGUCGGACGGUCGAACCACGUCAACAUGCGCACAAUGUCCAGGUGGACAGUAAGCUGGAGGGGAUGUUGCAGCAAGUGGAGGAUACCGGACAGGUAUGA